AUGCCCAUUAAAAUAUUAUCAAUAAAUAUCCCAUUUCUCUCUCUAUAUGGCCUAUAGCUUAAUAUAGUACAAACCACAAACCCAAAACAGAAACAGACAAGAACACCAUUCCAUUUCUUCCUUCCUCGAAAAGCCUAAGACUCAGGCAUCAGACAUGAAGAAUCGCCAUUUUCUCCCCGAAAAAUCAUGGCUCCUCCUAUUCGUCAUCGGCGGUCUAAUAAUCGGCUCGCUGUUCUUAUCCGGCGGCAUCAACCGUUCCAUCAACAGAAACUUCCUCUGUUCUUUGGCCAACAAAAGAGCCCGUGCUACGGCGGAGUACGCCGCUACGCCUAUCCAACUCCAUGCCAUUCUCCAAUACGCCACCUCACGCGUUGUCCCACAACAAUCUUUGGGAGAAAUCUCUGUCUCCUUCGACGUUCUUAAGGAUCGCGCUCCCUGCAACUUCCUCGUUUUUGGUCUCGGCCAUGAUUCUCUCAUGUGGACCUCCUUAAAUCCACGCGGCACCACCAUAUUCCUCGAAGAAGAUCCUAAGUGGGUCCGGACCGUCCUCAAAGACGCUCCUACUUUGCAAGCUUACACCGUCCAGUAUCGGACGCAACUACAGGAGGCAGACAAGCUUCUCGCCGGUUACCAGUCCGAACCGUACUGUUCACCUAGUAAAGCAUAUUUACGCGGCAACUAUAACUGUAAACUAGCGUUAACCGGAUUACCGGACGUGGUGUACGACAAAGAAUGGGAUCUGAUCAUGAUCGACGCGCCAAAAGGUUACUUUGCGGAGGCGCCGGGGAGAAUGGCGGCGAUAUUCUCCGCGGCGGUAAUGGCAAGAGCGAGGAAAGGGUCGGGGGUGACGCAUGUGUUCUUGCAUGAUGUAGACCGUAAGGUGGAGAAAGUUUACGCAGAGGAGUUCUUAUGUAGAAAACAUCUGGUUAAGGCUGUAGGUAGGUUAUGGCAUUUCGAAAUUCCACCGGCGGCGAAUGUGAGCCGCGGAGGUACAUGGUGCUAGAAUGCUCCGUUUAAUUGAUACCAUUAAUUUUUUUUUUCUUUUUUAGCUUAAUUAUAAUAAUCAUUAUAGGAUAGAGUUACAGAGAAUUUGUGCUGGAAAAUGGAAGAAGAGAGAUAUGAGGCAAGUGAAUUGAUAAUGGCCGUUGAUUGAAAGAGGUAAGGAUUUGAAAAUGAUAUGAAGCUUCUCGGUGCGCCGUAGUGUAAGACCUGCUUUUCAUUGAGACUCGAAAAUGAUGUUUCGGGCUGGAGAUUGGUUUGCUUGUUGCAGUAUCUAUAAAAUGGAAAUUAAUAAAGACUCCUUUUUGGUUUAUUUA